GAAUAUCUUAUCUGUCCUCCAGUCUUCAGGACAUUUGACAAAGACAAAGACGGCUUCAUCAGUAUGAGAGAGUGGAUCGAGGGACUGUCUGUUUUCCUUCGAGGAACCUUGGGUGAAAAAAUAAAGUACUGCUUUGAUGUGUAUGACUUGAACGGUGACCGUUACAUCUCCAGAGAGGAGAUAAUUCCCAUGCUGAAGAACAGCCUCAUCAGACAGCCCACAGAGGAGGAUCCUGAUGAAGGACUCAAAGACCUGGUGGAAAUCACACUCAAGAAGAUGGACCAGGACCAUGAUGGCAGAAUAUCUUUUGAAGACUUUGAAAAGGCGGUGAGAGAGGAGAAUCUGUUACUUGAGGCUUUUGGAACCUGCCUACCUGACAUGACGAGUAUAGAGGCAUUUGACCAGAAUGUAUUUCAGAAACAAUUGGAACAAUGAAGACAUCACAUUCAUGUGGAUUUUUAGAUAUGUAAAUCUUUAAUAAAAAUGUUAAUAACUGA